UUCCCAACUCACCUUUUUUGACCAGUCCCUCCCUAUUAUUCAUUUCCCAAUCCCUAACGAAGAAAAUACAAAUCGAUCUCCAUUUCUCCAUCUCUCUUCAAGCUCUAAUUUUGAAGCUUUAAUGGAGUCGUCGUCAUCAUCACCAGCUUCACGAGAACUGAAUGAGGUACAAACAGAUCUUCCUUCAUCUGUAAGAUCCGUUUCGAGAAUCAGAGCUCCGAAUAAUAUGGUUAUGGGGAAACAUCGUCUUGCUGCUGCAAUUUCUGCUCUCAAUCAACAAAUCAACGUCAUUCAGGAAGAAUUGGAUCAGCUUGAUUCAUUUGGUGAAGCUUCACUCGUUUGCAGAGAAUUAGUUUCAAGUGUUGAGUUAAUACCUGAUGCUCUCCUUCCAGUGACUAGAGGACCAAUAAAUGUUCAUUUAGAUAGAUGGUUUCAUGGAGUUAACGAUUCAAGACGCAACAAACGCUGGAUAUGAAAAAGGAAUUUGUACCAAAAACUACGUAAAUCAAUUCGAAUACCCUCUUCUUUUUUUGGUUUAUUUUGUAAUUAAAUUUUUAAAUUUGUGUUUUCUUGACUGCUAUAUUAUUAGGUCUUUAUAUUCUAUAUAUAUCUGCUGUUGAAUAUUGCUGAUGAAAUAAUGUAGGUAAGUAUGUUUUGUAACUCAUACACUUCCCAAGUAUUAAUAACAAUGUGUUAUAAGCACAAAAAAUUGUUUCA